UGAAGUUGACACGUGUUUUCGUGCAAUCACGUUGUUGAAAGAUUUAUGGGUCUGGGACUUUGACGUUAUGUUCAGUUUCUGAAUAAUGUUAUAUACGUUCCAACUUUUGUUUUGGUUUCCGUUUAUAUUGGUAUUUCUAUACCUACUACUAAAUUAUGUUGUUAAAGGGAAAAAAGCAGCUUGCGUUGUUGUACUUGGGGACAUCGGACGUAGCCCACGGAUUCAGUACCAUGCAAUAUCACUCGCAAAGGAAGGAUACAUGGUGGACAUCGUGGGCUAUGGAGGUUCGGAUCCACAUAAACAAGUAACAGAUGAAAAGAACAUAUCAGUUCACACAAUGAUGGAACCUCCCGCUCUAUUCAGAGUGUUUCCAAGAAUCAUAGGCUAUUUUCUGAAAGUCAUCUGGCAGUCAGGUGUUCUAGGAUUUACUCUUCUCUUGUUGCCCAAGUCUGGAUAUACACUGCUUCAGAACCCCCCGGCCAUCCCAACUAUUGCCGUCUGCUGGCUGGUGUCGCUGCUGAGAUCCAGCCACCUGGUGGUGGACUGGCAUAACUAUGGGUACACCAUCCUCAGCCUUAGUCUGGGCAGGUCCCAUCCACUGGUGGCCUUCUCCAAGUGGUAUGAAAGAUUCUUUGGAAGAUUUGCACACUCCAAUCUGUGUGUGACGGACGCCAUGAGGAAGGACCUCCACGAUAACUGGGGUGUGAAAGCAGUGACGCUGUAUGAUCGAGCACCACAGAGAUUCCAAGCAACCUCUGUCUCCACUAAGCAUGACCUCUUCUCCAGACUGUGUCGAGAAUACCCUGUAUUUGCUGCGGAGUCACCAGAGGGUCCAGUAUUUACCAGCAGAGGCGAGUUGGGUGUGGAGGAGCGGAGGUCAAGGCCGGCACUUCUUGUCAGUAGUACGAGCUGGACAGAGGAUGAAGAUUUUGGUAUCCUGCUCAGUGCUUUAGAAAAAUACGAAGAGGCCGUAUCAACGAGGUCCUUGCCCUUACCUGACCUGAUCUGUGUGAUAACAGGCAAAGGUCCUCAGAAAGACUUUUAUAUGAAGAAGAUAUCGGAGAUGACUUUCUCUCACAUCAAGUUCUGUCUCCCAUGGCUGACAUCGGAGGACUAUCCACUCCUGCUCGGCUCAGCGGACAUAGGCGUGUGUCUUCAUAAGUCAUCCAGUGGGCUGGAUCUACCAAUGAAAGUGGUUGACAUGUUUGGCUGUGGCCUUCCAGUUUGUGCUGUGGAUUUUAAUUGUCUGCCCGAGUUGGUGAAGCACAGAGAGAAUGGGCUGGUGUUCCACGACAGCGAGCAGUUGUCCGAUCAACUGCAGGAUCUCUUGAAGGGUUUUCCAGACAACCAAUCAGCAUUGAGGAAACUGAGAAACAAUGUGAAGUCCUUUCAGUCGGUGCGAUGGCACGACCAGUGGGUCCGACUGGCCCUCCCACUGUUUCAGGACAAAGUGAAGACAGACUGACGUUCAUCAUUUACCUCUGUUUUAAUGUAUUAUUAAACAAGUUGUUAUCAAA